GUUCAUGCGAAAAGUGACAGCAGCGACGAUCAGUCGGGACACACCGAGUUACAUUUGGUCGUGUUCAUAACAAGUUUAUUAGCUUUCCAACAUUAUACAGUCACUUUUCAUCUUUUAUUGGCGACUUUCAAUUCACUUAAAAUGGUGUUUUACUUCACAAGUGCCGUGGUGAACCCUCCCCACACAAUCUACAUGGGAAAAGACAAAUAUGAAAAUGAGGAUCUGAUCAAGUUCGGAUGGCCUGAAGACAUCUGGUUUCAUGUGGACAAACUGUCUUCAGCUCACGUUUAUCUGAGGCUGCCGAAGGGUCAGACAAUCGAUGACAUCCCCCCGGAGGUGCUGAUCGACUGUGCACAGCUGGUGAAAAACAACAGCAUCCAAGGCUGUAAGAUGAACAACAUCAACGUGGUUUACACACCGUGGGCCAACCUGAAGAAAACCGGAGACAUGGACGUCGGACAGAUCGGCUUCCAUCGGCAGAAAGAGGUGAAGAUCGUGGCGGUGGAGAAGAAGAUCAACGAGAUCGUGAACCGCCUGGAGAAAACAAAAGCAGAGCGCUUCCCCGACCUGGCGGCAGAGAAGGAGUCGAGAGACAGAGAGGAGAGGAACGAAAAGAAAGCUCAGCUGCAGGAGCAGAAGAAGAGAGAGAAGGAGGAGCAGAAGAGGAAAAAAGAGAUGGAGGAGCUCAGGAACUAUUCUUCGCUGAUGAAGAGUGAGAACAUGAAGACGAACGAGGACGGUUACGAUUCAGACGACUUCAUGUGAGCGCCGAGCCGCCGCCGGCGGGACGCGCGCUCUGAUCCGCCGCCGCCGCUUCGACAAACACGGAAACAAAUGGAUUCCUUUUGCUUUUGGACACCCGGAGCGGCCAGCGAGCCAAUGAGGGACGGUGCCCGGACUUAUUCCACAUGCUGAUUGGUUCGAGACUCUGCUUCCAAACCAAACCCAGCUGGCCGGCUCUUCAUCAGGGAUGAAACUAGAGACCAAACACAGAACAACAAGAAGGCUGAGGAUUUUUUUUGGGGGGGGGGGCACUCAAAUAGCAGAACUGUGUUUCACUUCCAGGUCGACUGAUGCUGAUGUCUGCCUGAACUCGUGUGGGUGUUUGAAUGAUCCUGCUGCAGCCCCUCCUGCUGACUCUCUUCAUGUUGUCAUCUCUCUGCAUGUCUGAUUUUAUUCAAUACAUUAAUUAACAAAAGCCCCAUAAACAUCCACCUGUGUGUGUGUGUGUGUGUGUGUGUGUGACAGUGAUAUCUGUUGGAGGUCUUUUCUGUAAUGGAGUUAAUUUCCUUCAGUCGUCCAGAUGUUGAGUUUCUCCUCUGCAGUAACAAUACAUCAACAAUCCUGGAAGGGGCAGCAGCAAAUAUUCUAAAUACUGCAGUAAAUGUACGCGCUGGGAAUCGGUCACUUGUGUAUUUUACGGGAUCUGAUUAUGAGCUUCGUGGACAGAAAACGGCAAAUUGUGAUGUCUCAGGAUAAAUGUUUGUUCUGAACAUCUGGGAUGUAGCUUCGUUAUUCUCAUGACCACAUGUGCUGUCCUUUGGAAUUAAAAACUCUUCCUCCUUCAUUUGUGUUUCUAUUUGAAACUCUACAUUGAAAUGUGUUGAUGUCAAUACACGAUUAGUUUUAAGCAUUUUUUGAGGCAGAACUCCAUGUUGACGGGAGUAAAGAGUCAAAACAGACUGUAGUCAAACUCAGUGAUUGGCUGACUGUCAAAGAAGGGACAUUCAUCCUGUCAGCUGACCCGCGGGGUAAAGACAUUGGAGGAUGCGGGCAUCGAUCCCGCUACCUCUCGCAUGCUAAGCGAGCGCUCUACCAUUUGAGCUAAUCCCCCAUGAUGC